AUGUAUGCGAUUUCAGGUGUUCUCAGCAUCAAGUAUCCUAUAGAGCAUGGGAUUGUAACGAACUGGGAUGACAUGGAACGAAUCUGGCAGCAUGUCUUCAGCAAUGAACUGCGUGUGACACCCAGCUCACAUGCUGUGCUCCUCACCGAACCACCGCUGAAUCCUCGGUCCAAUCGGGAACGAAUGACCCAAAUUAUGUUCGAAUCCUUCCAAGUUCCUGCGAUGUAUGUGGCUAUACAGGCCGUGCUGUCACUGUAUGCAUCCGGCAGAACAACCGGAGUAGUGAUCGACUCUGGCGAUGGCGUUACUCAUACUGUGCCCACUUAUGAGGGAUACUCCUUGCCUCAUGCGGUGUUCCGGCUUGAUCUUGCUGGGAGAGACUUAACUGAUUAUCUUAUAAAAAUUCUCACCGGGCGUGGGUACUCGUUCACUACAACGGCAGAGCGGGAAAUUGCUAGAGAUAUAAAGGAAAAACUUUGCUAUGUUGCACUAGACUACGAACAAGAGACUGUUAACGCCGAGCACGCUAUGGGAUCUAUUGAAAAGAACUAUGAAUUACCUGAUGGCCAAGAAAUUACGAUAGGCUCGGAGCGAUUCCGCGCUCCUGAAGUACUGUUUCAGCCGCACGUGUUGGGUAAAGAAUCUAGCGGAGUACAUGAGAAUUGCUAUAAUUCAGUGAUGAAAUGCGAUAUCGACAUACGCAAAGAUCUUUACAUGAACAUUGUACUGUCUGGUGGCACUACCAUGUUCCCAGGAAUAACUGACCGCAUUAAGAAAGAGCUCACUUCAUUAGCUCCUAGGUUCGCACGCGUUCCACCUGCAUACCUCUUU